AUGGCAUCACCUUUGUUCUUGUCACGGGGAGCCCUGCCCCGCUUGGCUUACCACAGGCUGGCCGGUCGCAGCCCUGGCAUUGUCUUCCUCUCGGGGUUCAACGACACCAGGGCAAACCCCAAGUGCCUGGCUCUGGAGCAGUUCUGCCAGGAGUCGAGACGGGCUUUCCUGAGCUUUGACUACACGGGCUGCGGCAGCUCAGAUGGGUGUUUUGAGGACUGUUUGAUCGGCCACUGGAAAAAUGAUGUUCUAACAGUGCUGGAUGAACUCACCAGCGGGCCGCAGAUCCUUGUUGGUGUCAGCAUGGGAGGCUGGCUCAUGCUCCUAGCAGCCCUGGAGCGGCCAGGGAGGGUGGCUGGGCUGGUGGCCACAGGAAUCGGGGCUGAUGUCUUCAUAACGCUGUACAGAGAGCUCACUCCGGAGGUGAAGGGCGAAGUGGAGCAGACGGGAGUCUUUAACUACGUGAUGGCUGGGGCCGGGUCUGUGCUACUUAAGCGGGAGUUCUUUAUGGAGGCGGAGAAGCACAGUGUGCUGGGGCGCUCGUCCAUCCCCAUCACCUGCCCCGUCCGGCUGCUCCAUGGCAUGCAGGACCAGCUUGUACCCUGGGGCAGGGCCGUGCAGGUGGCUGAGCAGCUGGAGAGCCAGGAUGUCCGCAUCACGCUGUUCAAGGAUGGGCAGCAUGCCCUGAAGGGAGCAGAGGAGGUGAGGGUGCUCUUGGGGAUGGUCAGGGACCUUGCUGAGAGCCUGCAGAGAGAGCCAGGCCUUGGAGAGAGACUGGAAGCCGCUAUGGGGACAGAGCCCGCUGAUGGGGCAGCGGUGACCAGACAAGGAGCCCUUUCUGGGCCCCGCUGA